AUGUCCACGUCCGAUCGUGUUGACCCCGACUACACCAUGGAGGAGCCACUCGUACCUCCUGAGCCCCUCUCUGACGAAGAAGCAGCAAGCGAAGUCAACGUCAACAACAUAAACCUGACCAUGCCACCAAUCUCUGACGACGAUGUCGACAACGAUGAUGCCGUCGGACACAUCCACGCACCACCGCCAAGAAUUGCCGCGCGUUUCUACCGCCCAACUCAGACCCGUCGCAAAGACUCGGCGGCAUCCUCACGGCGGAACUCCAUAUCCUCCGCCCAUUCGCGAUGUUCGUCCGCCCACAAUUACACCCGCCGCAACAGCGACGGCCACCAAAGCAAACUGAUUGCCCAACAUCUGCGGCGCACGUCGUUCCUCGAAGACCGCAAGGCCCGGCUCGCGGAUCGUGCAGCCCACGCCGAGAAGGUGCGCAUUCGAGCGGCCCUGGCCAAGGCAACGCCGAGAGGCACUUCCUCAUCAGAAGAACGCGCUCUCGCUGCUCAACAAGCGCGAGAGAAGAAGCUUGCCGAAAUCGUGGCCUCGUGCGCCGAGGAUGUCAAGAAGGCGAGGGCAGUCGCCGAGAGCAUGAAAGAGAAGCGAGAGACCGAGCUGGCUCGUGUCAAGGCACGGAUGGAAGAGCGCAUGGCCGAAGCCGAUCGCAGGCGAGAGGAGCUGAAGAACCGCUCGGCCAGCAAACGCUUCCGAGGUCAGAGCUUGACGAACAAGAAGACCUCUCUGGACGUGCUCCCCGAAGACAACGACGACAAGGAUAGUGGCGAGUUCCCGCCCUCUUCGCCGCCAUCAUCGGCGAAGCGUGUCAAAGCAAAGCAAGGUCCUUUGUAUACCGAAGACGAGGCAGCAGGAAAGCUUCAAUGGUGGUGGCGGGCAGUGCAAAGGAAACGUGCAGUCGGCGAGUUUGCCGAGUUAGGCCUUACGGUUGACGGGAUCCGCGACACCACUUUCGACAGCGUCGUCGAUCUGCUCGGCCAAGAAAGAGUUCUUCUGCGGACAGCUCGCAUUCUGCGCAUCUGUGGUUUGCAGGAGGGUCAACCGGGCUCUGUUGGCGAGAUGGCAGCGGUCCGCACGUUCCUCAGCGCCUUCAUCAUCUUGGGCCAUCCGGCUCAGGUCCUGAGCAACAAGGAUGGCGCAGCACAGCAGGAGCAGGUUGGAGCACAGUUGCCUCAACCUAUGCCUCACGAUGAUCUUGCUAAUCCGCAAUUACAGGAUCUCGUAUCGAAAGCAAGGGAUUUACUCAUCUGCUUUGAAAAUGUUUUUUCUCGCCUCACUGCGAGUAACAACUACACGGCCCCAGCUAAGCUGCGACAGGGCGUCUCUGAAGAGUACGCCACGUUCCAUAACGCCUUCAUUGCUUGGAAGUCGCGUGACUCGGACUCGCUCGUGCAGGUCAUGCUACUCCAGUUUGUCGAGCUGGACAUGAUUUGGCAGACGGUCAAAGAUAGCACCGACGAUGCUUCCGCGGAGCCGUAUCGUGAGAGCAUCAAAGACAAUCAAGUCAAACUGAUUGUGCGGAUUAAGAAGCUAGCUGGCCAGGAAAGGGGCAAGAAGAUGAUCGCCGAUGCCGUGCGCCAGGCGCGCAAGGCUCGCGCGGCCAACAAACCCACUGCUGACAUGAAGCCACGCGUCUCGGACAGCGCCGAGGGCUCUGCUACCGCCGCGAGUCUCGUCUCUUCGGGAGAUCAGACGGUCACACCGCCAGCGACACCGCUGAAAGCCUCUACGAAAGCUCAACCUCCACUGCCCAUUGUGCUGGCGCCUGGUUUGAGCGGACUUUUGCCGCAGAACCGUGUUGUGGUUCACGAACUGGCUAUCAACCGAGAGUACCGGAUUCCCGCCGAUGAAUAUUGCGAGCACAGGGCGACCUUUCAGCAACCACUUUUUGAGGGCAUGAGGGCCGAGCUUCACUCCAACGAGUCGGAGGCUGGCUUCAUGUACUUUGCGACAAUGAUGCGGUACUUCAAAGAGUCACUUCAACGACUGGUACGGCCAGGCGCGUUCAUGCACAAGACAAUCGGCGAGGUCCUCGACGUUGAGCUUGCAGAGCAGCAAUUCCAGAUGGGAAGCUUUUCCUAUGAGAAAUUCUUCACAGCGGUUUCUUCUCUGUUACCCAAGCUCUGCGCACCUUAUCGUGACGAUGAGUGCAAGGACCUUGUGACAAACAAACUGCAUCAGGGCACCUUGGUGGAUCGAGUAGAGGCGCUGACAGGCUUCAUCGACGUGAUGUUGUGCGACUACGUCAAUUAUAUGUUAUCGACGGCAGCCCCGCAACUCAUUGAGUCUGGACCGCAGUACGAAGCCAAGAAAUUUGAUGAAGCCCUGGAAAAGGGCCAUCACAAGCUGACGGCAGCCGUUGAAGCGUGGCGUUCGGCACGCCUCAGGGUGCUCGCGGAAGCGAGCAAACGCGACCCUGAAGGCAUCAACCACGCCAAGAACAGGCCAACGGCCGACAAGUUUUACGCACAGAUGAUGGUCGAUCUCUUCACGCAAGCGCUGCCCAUUCGAGAGGAGACGGUGCCGGAAAUGCUCCUCUUGGACUACAAGAGGAUGCAGAGACUGUCACUGGCGUCACAGAGGAUUGUCACUGCCGCAGCCAUUCUUCUUCAGUGCAAGAACAUACUCAAACGGGACGUGCGUUCGCCGUGGAAAGCGGAAGCGGCUCGCAUCAUGCUGGUGCUCGAAGCGAAGCACGACAAGAUGGAGACGACGGUGCACGGCGUCAUGGUGGCACUCGAGGCAGGACGGACGAUGCCGGCGGCUACCAAGACACAUCUACGGGCGCUUGUUACCAAGGUCGUCCAGGCAAGCCAGGAAUCGAUCUUGAAUGGGGCCGAACCGCAGGAACCAGUGUUGCGGCUCCUGCUGACGCGACUUCGCGGCCACAUGUUUGCCAGGCUUGGCGCAGGGUCAGCCAGCGAGAAGGUCAAGGCAGCAAGCACGGCUGGUGAGCGUUUGGCGGGGCUCGGGCUCGCCGAGUUUGCGACGCAAGUCCGAGAGAUUGUGGACGAGCUGGCACGGGUCGGAGCCGUGGACCGCGCAGCACAUACGAAGUGGUGGGAGGCGGUUUCGGAGAAGGUGCAGCAAGAGGAGGCGGCAACCAGCACAACAGUGGCAUGA